AUGCGAGCCGUAGCCUGGUUCGGCCAACCCUACAACGUCUCCGUAAUCAACAUGCCCGUUCCCACCAUCAUCAACCAGACAGAUGUCGUCGUCCGCAUCACCUCCUCCGCCAUCUGCGGCUCCGACCUCCACAUGUACCACGGCUUCGGCGGCUCGCCCGACGUACCCUACGGUUUCGGCCACGAAGCCGUCGGCUACGUCUCCAGUGUCGGCGAUGCCGUCUCGAGCCUUCAGGUUGGCGACUAUGUCAUCAUCCCAGACAACGCUGAUGACGGGCACUGGGGCCCAUCGCACCCCUUGUCCUUUGGCGUUGGGAACGCAAACUAUGGCGGACUGCAAGCCGAGUACGCCAGGGUCCCACACGCCGACACAUCCCUCAUCCCAGUCCCAAUCACCUUGUCCAACAACGCAUCCGAACUCGACUACCUCAUGAUCUCAGACGUCUUCACAACAGGCUGGCACGUCCUCUCCUACUCAGGCUUCCAACCAAGCGACGCAGUCGCCAUCUUCGGCGCCGGGCCCGUCGGCCUCCUAGCUGCCUACUCCGCCAAACUCCGCGGCGCCUCCAGGGUCUACGUCAUCGACCGCGUCGCCAGCCGCCUCGAGCAAGCCGAAUCCUUGGGCGCCAUCCCCAUCGACUUUUCCCAACAAGACCCCGUGGAAGCGAUACUCAACCGCGAGCCCGGCGGCGUGACGCGCAGCCUCGAUUGCGUGGGCUUCGAAUCCGUUGACGCCACGGGAGACCCCCACAACGGCAUCGUGCUGGAGAACAUGGUUGCGGUGACCGCCGUGUAUGGAGGCAUGGGCAUCGGCGGCGUCUAUAACGGCGGUGGGAACAGCACCGAAGGCGCGCCUAAUGCGGGGACUCUGCCAGCGGAGAUUCCGAUCCCCAUGGCAUCGCUAUGGAGGAAGGGCUUGUCUAUCGGCACUGGUAUCGUCUUGCCUUUGCUUCGGGCUCCUCCCUUGCUGGACUUGAUUGCGUCUGGCGUCGCUAAGCCGAGCUUUGUAGUCACGGCUGAGAUUGACAUUGAGGAUGCGCCGGAGUAUUACCGCCGCUACAGCGAUCACUUGGAAAACAAAGUCGUCAUUCGAUUCCCUUAG